GUCCUUACAGGGUGUGGGACUCCAUCCUGAGAAGCACUGAUGCUGAAAAAGAUUUGGGGGUUGUGGUAGAUAAUCAGCUGAACCACCAGCUACACACACCACCUGGCACUGCUUGUGGGGGAGGAGAGCUCUCUCCUGGCAUCAUGAUCCGGAGACUCCUGGACAGGCCCUGCACCUUGGCCCUGCUCAUUGGCUUCCAGUUUGCCUUCAUGGUGUACUUCUCCUUCGGCGGCUUCCGGAACCUGACCUCCAUCUUCGGGCGUGACUCGAACCCCGUCUUUGACUACUCCCGCACCCGGGAUGUGUACACCAACCUGAGUCACCUCCUGCCCCGGCCGCCUCCAGGCGGCAGCCCCACGGGGUCCCUGCCCUACUGCCCCGAGCGCUCGCCCUACCUCAUUGGCCCCCUGACAGUGAGCUUCAGUCAGGUGCCGACGCUGAAGCAGAUCGUGGAGAAGAACCCGGCGGUGAGGGAAGGGGGCAGAUACCGGCCCGUGACCUGCGAGCCCCGCUCCCGUACGGCCGUGAUCAUCCCCCACCGCAACCGGGAGACACACCUGCGCCACCUGCUCUACUACCUGCACCCCUUCCUGCAGCGCCAGCAGCUGCAGUACGGCAUCUAUGUCAUCCACCAGGCUGGAAACUCCACCUUCAACCGGGCCAAGCUGCUGAACGUGGGAGUGAAGGAGGCUCUGAGGGACGAGGAGUGGGACUGCCUCUUCCUGCACGAUGUCGACCUCAUCCCCGAGAACGACCACAACCUGUACACCUGCGACCCCUGGAGCCCCAAGCACGUCUCCAUCGCCAUGAACAAGUUCGGCUACAGCCUCCCGUAUGCCCAGUACUUCGGCGGCGUGUCGGCGCUCACCCCAAAUCAGUAUCUGAAAAUGAACGGCUUCCCCAAUGAGUACUGGGGCUGGGGUGGGGAGGAUGACGACAUUGCCACCAGGAUACGUCUGGCUGGCAUGAAGAUCUCGCGCCCUCCCAUAUCGGUCGGCCACUACAAGAUGGUGAAGCACAAAGGCGACCAGGGCAAUGAGGAGAACCCGCACCGGUUUGACCUGCUGAUCCGGACGCAGAGGAUGUGGACACAGGACGGCAUGAACUCGCUCACCUACACGCUGCUGGCCAAGGAGCUGCAUCCCCUGUACACCAACAUCACCGCUGACAUUGGGACCGACCCCCGGGCGCUGAAGGGCAGGAAGGGGUCUGUGCCCGGCUUCGGGGGGCAGAAGUACAAGACUGGGACCAACCAUGAGUUCAGGCAGGAGAUGCUGCGCAAAACACAUCCUGCCAAGCUACCCUGGGCCACAGCAAACUGGGGGAAGCAGCCCCCACCCCUGCCCCAGAGGUCUGGACAGGAUGCUGGCCAGGGAGCGCCCACAGCCCCCGGGACACAGAGCGAGGGGCCUGGAGCCACCGCAGGCCAGCUGGGGGGCAGGGAAGGGGCUGCAUGGGACAGCACCCAGAGGAAGGCCCAGGGGGGAGCUGUGGACAGCUCUGGGCCUCAGCGUGGAGCUGCUCAGGGCACCCAGCCGAGUGCCGGCAUCCCUCCACGGAGCCCUGACGCAUUGCAGCACAGCCAGGAGACCUCUAGCAAGGGGAAGCCUGAGUCUGGGGCAAUGGAUUUGGGUGGGGCUGAGAAUGCAGGGGGCAGUGCCCCACAGGCCCUGGCACAAGGGCAGCCCCCCCAGACACAGUGGGACAAUCAGACCUUCCCGCCGAGCACCCGCUAACCAGAGAGGGCCCUGGACAUCAGGAAUGGGGUCGGGGCAGCCAGAGACUCGCUGUGUGAGCUGAGCCCUUCCCAGCUCCUAGAACAAACC